GCUGCCAGGAGCGUCCUAAGGGCGCUGAGUCUGGCAGAGCUGCUGAGGGGCUGUUUUUCUCGGGUUCUGGGCUCUGGUCCGACCCCCGCUCUCCCUGCUCCCCAGACUCCCGCUAGUCUGCUUAGAGGCGGCUCCUGGCGACCCACAAGCUCCCUCUCGCCCCACACUCCGUCCCUUUCCCCAGCGGCUGACGGCAGUCUUUUGCGCCCUCCGACCUCCGGAGUGCCGCAGCCAUGAGCAUCCGAGGGAUGCUGCGAGCCGCUGUGCUCCUGCUGCUCAUCAGAACCUGGCUCGCGGAGGGCAACGACCCCAGUCCCACCCCAAAUUUCCACUUCGAGCUCCCUUCCACCGUACCUGAAGUCCUGAAAGUCUUCAACUGCAAAAAUUGUGCAAAUGAAGCUGUGGUGCAGAAGAUUUUGGACAGGGUACUGUCGAAAUAUGAUGUCCGUCUGAGGCCCAAUUUUGGAGGUGCCCCUGUGCCCGUGGGAAUAUCUAUCUAUGUCUCCAGUAUUGAACAGAUCUCAGAAAUGACUAUGGACUAUACUGUUACAAUGUUUUUCCAUCAGACCUGGAAGGAUCCACGUUUAGCAUACUAUGAGACCAAUCUGAACCUGACCCUGGACUAUCGGAUGUUUGAGAAGUUGUGGGUCCCUGACUGCUACUUUCUAAACAGCAAGGAUGCUUUUGUGCAUGAUGCGACUAUGGAAAAUCGCGUGUUUCAGCUUCACCCAGAUGGAACAGUGUGGUAUAGCAUGCGACUCACCACCACAGCAGCUUGUUCCAUGAAUCUGCAAAAAUUCCCUCUGGAUAAGCAGACCUGCAAGCUGGAAGUGGAGAGCUAUGGCUAUACAGUGGAAGACAUUGUAUUAUACUGGGAAGAUAAUGAGAAUGCCAUCCAGGGGACUGAGAAUCUGCACAUCCCUCAGUUCAGCUUCCUGGGAAAGAUGAUGACUAGCAAAGAGGUGUUUUUCUACACAGGUUCCUACAUGCGCCUGAUACUGAGGUUCCUGGUCAAGAGGGAAAUCACCAGCUACCUUGUGCAGAUCUAUUGGCCUACCAUCCUCACCACUGUUGUCUCUUGGAUAUCAUUUUGUAUGAACUAUGAAUCCUCUGCAGCCAGGGUGACAGUCGGUCUGACUUCAAUGCUCAUCCUGAAUGCAAUUAACUCACAUCUGCGGGAUAAACUCCCCCAAGUUUCCUGUAUCAAAGCCAUCAACAUCUACAUGGUGGUAUGCUUCUUCUUCGUGUUCCUGUCCUUGCUGGAAUAUGUCUACAUCAACUAUCUUUUCUAUAGCCGAAGACUACCCCAGCUAUCUCAGAGGCAACUCAGAAGAGCUCUAAGUGCCUUGGCCCACUACCGCUACCGGGAGACAAAGGUACAGAAUGACCAAGUUGACAUAGAAGAUGAGAAUGGUUCUCCUCCCUCCAUACCAGUGCAGGCCAGCCUAACAAGCCUGGAAAGCCUCGGCUCUUUGGUCUCCAUCUCAAAGCAGGCACCACUGGCCUCCUCAGAAAGCCUCGGCUCACUGUCUUCUCUCUCAGACCAGUCGUGGCUGGCCACUGGAGAAAGCAUGAGUGACCUCCCAUCCACCUCAGAGCAGUCCCUGCACAGCUAUGGCAUUCACUUUAAUGGUAUGGAGAAUGCUGACAGUAUUAUCCCCACUGAAAUCCGCAACCGUGCUGAGGCCCAUGGUUGUGCUGAGAUCUGUGACCCAGAAGACCCCGAAGAGAGCUCCAGCUCUGACAAAAGCCAUGCCUAUGGCCCCAGUAGGAGGCGUCUGCUUGUUCACGGCCACAGGUGUGUGCAAGAAGCAAGCUAUGACCUUGAUGAGAUGCUUAGCACCCUUGAUGAGAUCUGUAGCACCCUUAGUGAGAUUCAUAGCUUGCCUGAGGACAUCAAAGUUGAGAGCGGGUACCUUGACCUUGAAAAGCAACUCAAACGUGAUAUUGAUAGUGCCUGGAGCCUUAAUGUUGAUGAUGCUAGCAGCUUUGAUCAAGACAAGGACAGUAACUUCUUUGAGUCUGAUGACAGUUGCCCCCCAAGCCCUAGAUGCUCCUUCAGUAAACAGUUCUCCUCCAAGCUCUUCAACCCUGACUAUGUCCCUGAGGUUGACAGGUGCUCCAGGGUCCUCUUCCCUGUUGCCUUUGUGGUGUUCAACAUUGCUUAUUGGGCAUACCAUAUCAAUUAGUUCCAUAAUGUCCCAGAGUGGCAGGGCAACUGUGCUGUGCUCCUUUCACAGUUCCUUUUGGUUCCAUCUUGCCUUCUUUGCUUUUUUUUUUAUUUUGUAGUUAUUUGGACAGUUGAAUCCACUUUAACUUUCUCUUUAUAAACAUGAGGUGGGGACUAUUUGGAAAGGAUAUGUUCUGGCUGGAAGAAAAGGGAUUGAGGAGGAGUUGAAGGUAAAUAGCACAUUGAUUUUCCUUUUCUGCUGAAUACUGUCACCUUUUCAAAUACUUCUAACACCUAAUAAGCAUACAAAAGCCCCCUGGAAAUGUUUAUAGGACAUAGAGGAGCCAGAUUGGGGGACCGAGGAAAGAUCUGAGCCUUGUGCACAAAAACAUUUCUGGGGGCUUUUCUGUCCCACUGAAGUGUUGAAUUUUCUUUUUCACAAUUUUUUUCCUGUUUUUUCCUCCAGGGAUUCUAGUCCUUGCUCACCUCCUGCUUAGGGUUUUAUAGGAGAAAGCUAGCUGGGUUGGGCUUCAGUGCACAGGGGAAGGGCUAUUCAUCUCUUACAAUUGCAGGGGGCUGGCUCUAGUGAACUUGGGGGAUUUUGAAAGUGCCUUUUCCCCACUAUUUUUCUGUUGUAUUUUGAAUGUGGUAUGUGGUGCAGGGUUGGGAGUGGAAUGUGGAUGGGUGGGUAGGGGUGCGGAGUGAGGUGUCAGGGUAAGUGAGAGAGCAUAUUCCCAGCGGAAGCUUGCAGGGGGUGAAUGAUGUCAAGUUGGAGAUUACUCAGAUUGAGCUGGCAUCUUUGGAGGGAUUGGAAUUUCUCUUGUAUAUAUUUUCACUUCAGAAUGCUUGACAAUAGGGACUCAAUACAUCUGUCUAGGUCAGAUGCUGAGUUGAUCACCAGACACAGUGCAAGUACUUGGUGGAUGAAGACUAAGGUUAGAGAAGUUCACUAUCUGAUCUAGAAUAGCAGAUAAACAACUGUUGUGAAUCUAGAUACUAAUCCUUCCUGUUUGUCUAGUGCCUGAUUAAGUGUCAACAAGCUCACUCAUCCAUCACAUUGUUGAACCUUCACAGGAGCCCAAUGAGCCAGGGAAAGCAAAGCACAUUGUCCCCAGUGUUUGGAGGGAAAAAAUGGAGCUUUUGUCCCAUGUUUGAGGACAUGCAUCCAGUGAGCAGUGGGGCCACCCUACUCGCUCUUCCUUCUUCUUGUCCUCUUAACUCUCUCAGCUGAGGCGCUCCACUUUCUCCCCUCCCCUUUACAAAGAGGGUGCUCCAUCAGGUUCUGCUUAUCUGCCAGGCAUCAGACCUCAUUCUACAGCACCUGGAGCAUCUCUGCAGAAAGAGACCAAUGAGCAGACAAUGAGUAUGAACUGAGCAUAUUGAACAUGAACUGAGCAUACUGAACUGCCCACCUUGUGGGGCUCCUGAGGGAAGUAGACAGUAGCCUGCACUUCAACUUACCAAGCAGCUCCUCUUCACUGACAGAGGAGGUGGGGGAGCAAGUUUUGCCAAGCACUCAGCCGAUGUCCCUCCUUCUUCCUUAGGCAGCCUCUCCUGCAGCCCCUCAGCCACCUACCCUUUUAACCGUGUUGCUAUGUUUGCACUUCUGUGUUUACCUGGGUGUGUGUGUGUCAAGUUAGUUCUGUGUGGCACAUACGACCAUUUGAAAAGAUGUAUAGUACUAUGUAUAUUCGUGUAAAUCUAUAAUGGUGUAUAUAUAACAAUAUGUGGAUGCAUGUGUGUGUGCACCCCUGUGAAAGAGUGUAUAAACUUAUGACUUAUGCAUGUGUGUGCUUGUGUGUAGAUCCAUGAGUGUAUUCUGUGUGUGUGUGUAUAAGUGCAUGUGUGCAUACCUGUGUUUAUUUAUCUGAUUUAAAUUGGUGUGAAAGGAAAUAUACCUGAUAGUAUAUGUAUUCCCUGUUGGUGGCUCUUCUAGAACCACCAAAAUUCCCUUGGCCUUUUCCCACAUAAGGGGCGGGCCCUAUUUGGCCAGGCUGGUUAACUGUUUCUUUCCAAUUUCCUGUUCCAGGGAGCAGCGUCUCCCAGUCUUCAUCCACUCCUCUCUUCCUUCCUCCACCCAUCUGUUCUGUCUUCUGGAUAGAAGAUGCAGAAGAAGUGAGUGUAGUACCAGGAAGUGAUAACUUUGUGCCUUCUGGUAGGAAAUGCUCGAUCACGAGCUAGGCUGUUAGAGCAGAGGUUUUGCUUUGUCCUGGAAGGACAUGUCUGGGAGUAAUAAAGGUAGGGGUUGGGGUUGGGAAGCCUUGAAGAUGCCUUAAGAAGAAAAAUAUGAUGUAUACAAUUGGGUGGGAGAGCUAAAGAGCUGGAGAGGGCAUUGUAUAUAGCCUUUAUAACUCAUCCCGUUAUUCCAAUCACUGACACUCGUCAGUGCUGGAAGUAUCCACAAGCAGGUGGGUGAUGUGAUGAAAUGGCUCAGGGGAUUGGCUGCUAGCAGCUAGAUGCAAAGAACCAAAGGUGCCUGGGAGAUGGCUGCAGGCAUGGACUGCGGUGGUGGGCCCAUUCGGGGCAAGGGCACUUUAACAGCCCAUCCUGGGAAGGUUGUUGGCUGAACUUCAGCCUUGGAUUUGGAUUUGGAGUCCAGAACUCCCUCCUCCACCCUCUCCAGGGAAAGAAAUAGUCAGAGGGCUGAGGGUUGACCAAGGAGAGAAGUGCAAAGAGCCCCAGGGAUUGGUUGCCUUGAUCAGCCCAGCUUGCCAUCUCUCUUCUUCUUUUCUAUACACACAAAUAUAGCCUCCUGCACACACCCAC